UUGUAUUCAGAUUUCAGUUAUAAUUGAAACUUCGGAGUGGCAAGUAGGGUCAAAUUUUAACAGUAAAUUUUGUGGAUCAAAAUUGUACAAUUCAAUAAUUUCUGCCUUACGCACUGCAAUACGAUAUGGCGACCGAAUCAAACGUAAUAUUUUAUCAAACUACAAAUCCCAAACGCUUGACGAAAACUUUCACCGGAAAUUCCAUCUGGAUAGCAUGUUUCGUGCUCGUUUGCAUGCAACCGAUACCAGCUGUAUCACCAUUCCAUCUCAGCUUGAGAGGUGAAGGUAGCGUUAACAUACUGGUCAAAGGUCAAGGUCCCAUCGAAAUUUCUAUCGAUGUGAACUCCGCAGAUUCCAGCAUUGAUCAAUCAGUUUCAGAUAAAGGUGCAUCGAUUAAACAAGUAGACGAUACACCGGCACAAAUAGAAGCAAAAACAUCCUGCACAGAUUCACAGAUAAAACAAAUUGAGACGCCCGCACAGCCAACCGAAAAAGUCGAUCCAAGAGAAUUAGUUCUACAAGCAAUUUCGAAUGACGACGAAAAUGAAACGAAAUCGCUGAUCGAACGAUUUUACGACAACAUGAAUGGUGAUGAGGAUCUUCGUCCGAUCUCUGCUGCUGCCGAGAGAUGCUCAUCUAAAGUGGCUGAAAUGUUAAUUAAGAACGGAGCAGAUUUGAACAUUGUAGGCGGAGGUGGAUGGCGUCCAAUACACGUGGCCACUUAUGCAAAUUGUAAGGAAAUUGUCAAUAUGCUGGUCGACAAUGGUGCAGAUUUCUAUGCAAAAGUCGAUCUUGGGUAUUCAGCAGUAGACAUUGCUCUCAAUGACGGUCGUUACGAGAUUUUUAAGUUGUUUGUUGCGUCGUUUACAGAACGCGCCAGGAAUAGAGAAUACUCGCGGGAAAGUACUUCGGAAGCGGACUCAUCGGGAAAUAGAACGGAAGAAGUUUCAUCGGACAGUGCAACGGAAGAAGUUUCAUCAGACAGUGCAACGGAAGAAGAUUCGAGUGAAGAUGAAUCGGAAGAAUGGGAAGAAUACCCAUUGAUAGACGAGCCGGAAGAAUUGGAAGAACCCUUAUCGAUAGAUCAAUCGAGGUGGUACAGUGAUGAAUCAGAGGAAGAGUGGUACAAGAGUAUGUUAUACGAGGAAUAUCCAGAAAUGGUCGGUCGGCUGUUGGAAAACCAGGCCAAUAAAGAGUCGAGAGGUGAAGAAUCUGACGUAAAAUUGAACUUAUUGGAAUGAAAACGUUUACUAUACUUGUGCAAUCUUUGGGUGUAGUUCCUGUAAUUCUGAAGUUCAAUAAAGAAUUCUAAUUGAAAA